UCAAACUACAUUGUUUUUUUCCGCGAACAUGGAGGAGGUUGUGUCAGAUCUUGUGGCACCAGAAGAUCUAAAGAGGUUUGAGAAGAAGUAUAAUUCUGAAUUGGCGAAAGGGCCUGUUUCUAAGGCAACCACAUUUGAAUAUGCCUGGUGUUUAAUCAGAAGCAAGUACUCCAAUGACAUCAUAAAAGGAAUUCAGCUUUUGGAAGGGCUGGUUUAUUCUAGCAAGAAAGAUGAUCAGAGAGACUUUCUAUUCUACCUUGCUGUUGCCAACUACAGACUUAAGGAGUAUGAGAGGGCAGUAAAAUACAUUCGUACACUGCUGAAGAAUGAACCAGAUAACAAACAGGCCCUGGAAUUGGAAAAAAUAAUCAACAGCGCAUUAAAAAAAGAUGGGUUGGUAGGCAUGGCGAUCGUUGGUGGUAUUGGAUUAGGUGUGGCUGGAUUGGCAGGCCUUAUUGGUAUGGCAGUUUCUAAAGGUGCAAAGUCCUAAUAUGGAUUCUUGGAAAAGCACACUUGAAUUCCAUCUCCUUUCCUGCAAAUCAUGAGAACUGGCUGUUUUUAUUUUUCUGACAUCAGCAUGUGACAUGUAUUGAACACUCAUAUUUGACCAAAAUCCUUUUGUGUGACACUGAUCAGAACUCAUGCAGCUUUAUUUGUAUACAUAGAAAGGUGGGAUUGAGUGAAAUCUUGCUCAUUUAAAGUGAUAGUUCAAAGAAAAACAAACAUUUUAUUCACACUUAAAACCUGUACAUGACUUUCUUUUGUGGAAUACAAGAGGAGAUGUUUUCAGAAAUGUCUUUACAAUGAAAGUCAAUAAGAUCCAGUGUUGUUUGGUUACUUCAAAAUAUCUUUUGUGUCCUUGUUCUGUUAGAUACUGUUAAAAACUACAAGGAAGCAAUGCAGAGAUUUUUUUCAUGUGCAUCAUGUCUUGGCUUAUACAGUUUCUCUAGCAACGCUACCAUGGAACAAAUGAUGUGAUCUUUGAUCGUUCUUCCUUUAGGAACUCACUUGUUUUUAACAAGUGGCUGCUAAAUGCGUAAAUAAAUAUAAUGUUGGAAA